AUGGCCUCCCCAGUUUCGACGAUCACUCAGCUGGCCCUGGUCCCAUAUAGAUUCCUUCUCCAGGUAGUGUUAUCAUGCUUGAACGAGCGCAACAUAGUCACACUACCUGUUAACUUUUUCAUCAACUUCUCCCCAGUGUUCAUAUGGUUGAUGAUAUUCAAAAAUGCCGGCAUUAUACCCCAUGAAUGGCGUCCUCCAAUCCAUGUCAGGCUCAUGAAAAACUUAGAUGAGAUGAUCUUCAGCAUAAGCUCGGUAUCAGCAUGGAUUUCACUAUUGUUGUCCAUCAGCAUUGCAUCGCUCGUCUAUGAUUAUUUUUAUCGGUUAAAACCCGAAGACACCAGAAAUCAGGCAGACACAGUCAAGUAUGAUCUCGCAGACGAUUCAUUCGAUCUGGAAGUCUUCGUCAUUGACGAUACUCAGGAAUCGACCAAAAGAGAAAGCGAAGACGCCAAUAACUCCGAUUCUUCAGUAUCAUCACAUUCAGAGGCCGUAGAUAGCUUCGUUGGGACUAAAAAGGUCAACGUAUAUAUGCCUCUCAACUGUUGGUAUUGGAUACCUUGUGCAAUUUUUGCGAUGUCGUGGAUCAUAUUAAACUUCGAUCAUUGGAUGGUGACUCCUUUGACGAAACCAAAAGAUUUGUUUGCGUGGGCUCUCUACGUUUUGGGUCAUUUCUUUGUACCAUUAUUCACCGCCAUUUGGCUUUAUGUCUUCCAUACCCCGGGAGCUCUGAAGUAUUACUCUCUUUGUCUCGGCUUGCAGAACAUAGCUGGAGUAAUUACACAUCUCUGUUUCCCCAAUGCACCUCCAUGGUUCAUUACACUAUACGGUGAAAAUGCAUCUGCUAACUACGAAAUGCCAGGUUACGCAGCGGGUCUCAUUCGUGCAGAUAUGGCCAUGGGCUCUCAUUUAUCAUCUGAUGGAUUCCACUUGUCUCCUAUCGUUUUCGGAGCAUGUCCAUCUAUUCAUUCAGCUAUGGCGACCAUGUCAUGCUAUUUUGUAUGUUAUUACAGCAGAUGGGUUCUUCCCAAAAUCAUGUUGUUGAUCUUUGUUACAUGCUUGUGGUGGUCCACUAUAUAUCUUGACCACCACUGGAGAAUCGACCUCUCAGUUGGUAUGGCAUAUUCAUUAGUCGCAUUUACCCUCUUGAAAGGCAGGUUGAUGAAGAAAGAAUUUGAUUUUGUAACUGCUAGACGAAAGGGAGACUUUUGCAAAGGUUCCACUGUGGGGAUGCGUGUUUUUCAGGGAACCUUUCUCCGGGAUUUUUUUGAUCCAUAUUCAUGA